AAUUCCGACAACAGCCGGCUGUCGGGAAACGACCAGAACUCUCGUCCCUGUCUUAUAAAUUUCCGUCCUCUGUAACUCCCCGCCUCAAUAGAACGAUCAGACAGCAGUUUUCCUCAACGAUUCAGAGCUAACCGGCGGAGAGCUGAAGUCUUCAAGUUCCCUGUUCAAGCAGACAACGAUGUCGCUGAUUCCAAGCUGGUUCGGUGGGCGAAGGAGCAAUGUCUUCGACCCCUUCUCCCUCGACCUCUGGGACCCCUUUAAGGACUUCCCUUUCCCCAACUCCACCUCCCUCUCGGCUGAUUUCCGGGAGAACUCGGCGUUCGUGAACACGAGGAUAGACUGGAGGGAGACCCCGGAGGCGCACGUGUUCAAGGCGGACCUGCCGGGCCUGAAGAAGGAGGAGGUGAAGGUCGAGGUCGAGGAUGAUCGGGUUCUCCAGAUCAGUGGUGAGAGGAAUGUCGAGAAGGAGGACAAGAAUGAUACUUGGCACCGUGUGGAGCGGAGCUCCGGCAAGUUCUUGAGGAGGUUCAGGCUCCCCGACGACGCGAGGAUGGAUCAGGUCAAGGCCUCCAUGGAGAAUGGUGUGCUCACCGUCACCGUCCCCAAGGUUGAAGAGAAGAAGCCAGAGGUUAAGGCCAUUGAGAUCUCGGGUUGAGGUUUGAUUGGGGAUUCUGAGUAAAAGAAAGUGGGUCUUUAUUGGAGCCGUGUCGAGAUGGUGUGUGAUCAUCGGUCCCGUUCAGCGUAUGAUGUAAUUACUGGUCCUUGGUGUUAUGUAUAAAUCAUCGUUAUAUAAGUUAAUUGCAUGUCAUCGUGCGAGUUGUAAUCUGUCAAUGUGAUAUAUUAAGAAGCUAUUCUGCUCGGUUUUGCCUCUCA